GCGAUGUCCAGUGCGCCGAGCUGCAAGGAAGGGGACCGUUUUCAUUGUGUGGUCGUUAUAGUGGUUAUUAUUUCUUUGCUGUUAAUAUAUCCUGUGAUUCGGUAGUAACGUUGAUUUUUACCGAUAGAACGGCAAGGUACGAAUAACGUAUCCGGGGAAUGCGAUACCCCACGAUUACGUGCAUCGUUAUUAUUGCGCCCAAAGGUGCGCGCGCGCGCGUCGCGCGUGCACACACUACAUUGUGUAUAUUAUACUCGAGAGGCGCAACGAUCUCUAUGCCUGUGCAUCUGUGUGUUUGUAGUUGAGCACCGUGAUAUGUGGAAAAGUGCGAAGUGAGAACUAAGGGGAGUAGAGGCGCGCGCGAGAAAGUAUUCGUUUUCUUGAAUCGUCUAAACGAUACUAAAACAAAGUGGAAGUUUAAGAAGGCAACGUAACGUCGCGCAUGUAUGUACAAUUUCCUCGGUUCUACGUUUCUCUGUCCGCUGUCUUUCUGAUCUGGUUCCUUUGACGCGUGUGUUCGUUCGUGUCCGUUUGUGGUUUUGUUGCGUGUGUGAGUGGCAGGUAGAACAUCAAGGUAUAUAGCGAAAAACAACGAAGCGGGAAGCGGCGUCGGAACCUUCGAAAAAGACCGGCAUAUUCUAUCGUUUCCUGACUGCAUUAACGUUUUCACGUACGAGUUUGUAGCUCGACUACGGCGACUGGAAGCAAUUUCACGAAAAUGCGAUACGAGUUGUUAGGCCGCCUAGCGUAGUAUAUCGCCUAGCGGCGACGGGCUCAGAGGGAAGCGGCGGAAAAAUGGCGUCCGAUAACGAAGCCUCUUGCGCGAGUGACCCAAAUUUCGCUGUGAUCUGUUCGUUUCUCGAGUGCUUUGGCAAGUCCUGCGGCAUCGUUUAUCCUGAUAUCUCGCGCCUUCAGGAGAUGCUUGAAAACACGCAGGAUGUACCACAACAAUUGAUAGAUCUGCACAUAAAAUUAUUGCGUAAAACACGUAAAACAGUAUCGCCAGAAAAGUGGGAACGAGCAUUGGUUAAGUUUUGCCAUACGUACUCUAAUCAAGAUGGAUGGGAACUCGAACGUUUUGGUUACAAGAAAGCCCGCAUUGCUGUCAAGCUACGUUUACUUAAAGUACUUUUGGAAACACAAUUUGACUUGAAUCAAAAAUUUAAAAACGAAGUAAAUAAAGUGGCAGCUAAUGAGUUACGUGUGGAACCAUUGGGGAGAGAUAAAUCUGGUUUGGCGUAUUGGUGUCAACUUGACGAAGAGUGCAAUAUAAGGGUUUAUAAGGAAGAUAUAGAUGAAGAAAAUUGGGAACUUGUAGCCAAGGAUCGAGAAGGUGUUGUUACUCUUAUAAAUACCUUAUCGAACGGAGAGGUUGGGCCAUUUCCAAUCAAUGAAGAUAGCAAUAGUUUCGAAAUUUCCGAAAAACCUAUUAUCGAUACAGGGCAGAUUACGUCGCCAAGUCUGGAAGAAGAGACUGUGCAAGAAGAUGGUAUUCAAAUUCAAGUUUCAGAUAUUAAAAAACUAGAGAAGAUGGAAGGAGAUAGUGGAGAUUUUGAGGAUGAAGACGAGCAGGACAGUAACGAAACGGAUAACGUUGAGGAAGAAAUGGAGGCUCAGGAUGUAAUAAACGAUGAAAGUUUUAAACAAAAUACCGAAGAGGACGAUUUCCAGGAGGCUAUGAAAGUAGAAACGGUAAAAUCAAAUUAUGUUGAGAUGCCCCUCUCAGUAUCGGUAUCAUCUCUAAAACUUGUAAAUGGCAAAGUUGAUGUAUCGUCGGAGAAGAAAUCAAUUCCAUCCCAAGAAAAAGAAGUAAAGACAUCUCAAGAAACAACAGUUAGUUCUGUUGCAUCUGAUACUAAACCUAUAUUUAAAUCUGAAGAACAUGCAACAGUGAAUGCUUCAAAAGUUGACGCGGAAGAGGCAAUACCUCUUAAAUCAAUCGAAACACCUGUUAUUACGUCUCCUCUUAAGUUGGUAAAUACCUCUGAAAUGAAACAAACGCACGAAGAGAAGGAAACAGUUGGUAUAAUAUCCGUCGGUACUGCGUUGAAUAUAACAAAAAAGCACGAAGAUUUAAUGGAAAAAGUUACAAAACCGUUCGAAAAGUUACCUAACAAAAGUAAUCAUUCUUUUCCAUCUACAGACAUGCCAAUAACUCAUUGUAAAUUAUCUGUGAAACCAAUAGAUCAAUUGGCUGCAAAUCUUGUGAGGAUACAAUCUGAGAAACAUGAGAAACCAAACACAAUGAAAUCGUUGGAGAAAAUUGCUGAAAAUCUAGCGAAAUCGGGAAGUAUUGUGGGAAACGUAGUAAAUGGAGACGACGAUAGAUUACCACAAGAUUUGUACGCAAGAAGUCAAAUGGAAAAAGCCAAUGCACUUAGAGGACAUAGAGGUAUGGAUUUGUCUACAUCGCCCAGAGGCUGGGAAGGCACUAACGAACAAAAUAAGCCCAUGGAUUUCUCCGGAAUCGAUUUAUCUAGUCGAAAAUUUAAUAAAAGUAUAGACAUACCCUCUUCUGGUUACAGAACGCAAGAUUUUCAGCAUAGAGAAAUGGAUCUUAGCACGAAAAAGUUAAAUAAACCAGAGAUUACGAACUUACCGUACGAUGCACGGGCUGUGAUGAUGCGCAAUCAUGCAAUGGUAGCAGAUUUAAGUAAAAGACAAAUGUCAUUCCCUACUUAUGACAUGUCGUCUGCUCCGUAUCAUAACACUGCGAGAAUACCUAGUAAAGAAGAUCACAGAUUACCAAGUUAUGCAAUACUUCCAGAUCCUAGUAAAAUAACAGCUUUAAGGAUGAACACGACACCGGUGAAGCGUUCGUUAGAGGUAGACGAUAUGCAACAAGAUAUGUUAAAAAGAAUAAGAGCCGAUGUAAUACCGAUCAGAGGAACUAUGGACAAAAGAUCAAUAAUUGCUUCUAACUGGAGAGAUGAAGUUGGCGAGGCUAUCGAGGAACCGAUGAUGAUGGUCCAAGGUGAAGGAUCCGGGAGUGACUGCGAUUCAGUAAAUCCUGCUCUUGGCGAAGCGAUAGAAGAACCCAUCAUUUUUUUUUAUGGGGAAGGAUCUGGCGAAGAAUGUCAAACAGGUAACCCUGGGGAUGAUACAACACCGGCUGACAAUAAGGAAAGCAACGAAUCAAAAAACGAAGCUGACUCUGCCACUUCAUCUUUAUCAUUGAAUAAAAACGUAACUAAAGAUAGUCUUAUGAAUCAAGUGUCCACGGGAUCGUUAGUAGCGAAUAAAAGUAACAUAAAAUUGAACAGAAAUUUCCCACAAUCUAGCGAUAAUGUAAAGAAUAAUUGCCAACUUGUAGGCUCCACGCAAGAAAAGCCCAAGUUCAAACCAACGUUGGGUAUUCAAAUCAUACCUAAAAAUUCCAGCAGUUCCGUGAAAAGGUUAUCAAGAUGGGAUGUCGGAAAACCAGGAGAAAAAACGGAAUGCGACAGUAGUAUCAUAUCAAACGAAAGAGACAUAUCACCGAAGAAAAAUGAAACUGAAUGCAAAAAUUCCGCCAGAGGAGGCCAGGAUGUUAAGGUUGUCCGAAAUUCUAUAAAUACCGAAGAUACAACCUUUCAAGAGAGGAGUAUGGAAUCGGAAGAUCCAGAAGAGAAAGGUGCAGAAGAGAAUUCCACCGAACAGAAACAAGUGUCCUCCAUGCAAUGCGAUUCGUCCAUGUAUUUAUGUCAACCAGACACAUCGGAAGCCUUUAACUCUUGUACAGAGGUAACAACCGCGACAUGUUCGAUGAAUGAAAAGGACACUGUGGAAAAUAUUUGCGACUCGGACAGUAUUGGUUUGCGCGACAUGGACACUUUAGAGAAAGUGGACAAUGAAUGUAACUUGGCAGCCUCGUCUCCGCCAAGAUUUUUUUUUGGGCCUAAUUGUAUUUCGUACACCUCAAAGUCAGAAUUAUCCGACUCGCAAUCCGAUCAUACAGUUUCAACAACUAUACAAUCUAAAUCAGACACGUUGCAAUACGAAUGCGUUUCUUCCUCGAAACCUGUCGAUGAUAUAAUUACUUCCUAUAAAUCGGACGAUUUUGACGUGACACAAACAAAUAAUAAUUCAUUGAAAAUCAAAUCGUAUACAUCCAACUCGAACAGUUCACUCUGUGAAAAUGAUAAUAAUAAAGAUAAAAUAGAAAAUGUUCAAGGACCAACUACAAACGCAUGGGAACAAACAGUUUCUUCGAAAUAUUCUGUAGAACAAUACUGUGCAACGGCAGAAACAAUUCUGUCUAAUUCGGAAUCAAAACUAAAUUCAAAAUCCUCCGGUACCGUUAUUACACAAGAUCCUACUUCUAGCAGUGAAAAUACAACAAAUGAAUUUUCGAAGCCGCAAGAGAGAGAAAUAUCGGAGAGAAUUUCGCAACUUCAUAGUACGAAUAAUUCGUGUAAAGAUGAUUUAGACAUGAAGGUAGACGGUAUACUUGUAAUAUCAUCUGUAACGCAAUGUAACUUACCUAUUGAAUCGGUGCAACAUAAGGCAUCAUUAGAAGAAGAGUGCAAUACGUUCGAGGAACAACUGGAAAGUGAAAAAUCAUAUCUGGAAAAUAAUGCUGUUAAAGCUGUUGAAAUUCCAAUUUCCUGUUCCGAAGAUAAAACCGAUGCAUCGAUACUUAAAAAGGUUGAAUUAAAUACAAAUUUGGUGUCUGUUAAUAAUUCGUGUUCAUCAUCUUUUAUCCAAAGUUCGCAGUUGGAAACAGAAUAUGAAAAUAACUUUUCCGUAUUGAAUCAUAGAAGCGAAACAGAAUGUUCCACUUAUCAAGAAGUGAAUAGUUCGGCAGAGAAAGAGAUAGAACAUGUUUCUGAAAAAGAAUUCGGCUCGCCUGCUGAAACUUGUAGCAAGCACAGCGAGAGAAACGAUAAUUUUUCCGAAUUCGAUAGCCAAGAGGAACGAUCGAUAGACACUGACAAUGAAAAUAUGAAAAACCAAGUUGGUUCCGAUGCGGAUUCAAUGUGCGUGAAUUAUGAUAAAAAUAGCGAAAGGAUCGAUGCGUUAACGGAUGUCGGUACGCAAGACGAAGUUUCAGGAGAUUCCGAAGAAAUGAAAGAAAAGACACUAGUUGAUUCCGUUAUCAAAAACUCAGUGCCUGAUAUUAAUGCUGAAUUAGAUUUCGCGGACAAUUCUACCGUUACUAGUUCAGAAUCAAUCGAACAGUAUAACAAAGAUGCAUUAGUUCCUACAAUAAGUAGCUCAGACGAUGUCUGCAUUCAAGAUACUUCAUUCCACGAAGGUGUUAAAAUGCAAUCACAUUCUGAGAAAUCGUCUUUUAAAGAUGAAUGUCCUAUGUACAAUGUAUUACCAGAGAUAGUACCUGACACAAAUAAUUUUAAACCAUCCAAAUCUGAUGUUGUUGAGACUACAAAAGGAAUAAAUUUAUCUAACUUUGUUCAAGCUGGAAAUGAAUUUGCGGAUUGUAUACCGGAGAACCAAAGUUCCUGUGUUGAUCAAGAAUCGAAUAAAGAUACGAUCGUUAACAAUAUUUCAUUGGAACCUGUUAAAUUGCACGAAGAAAAGAUACGUUCCCCUGAAUCUUUGUCGCUGGAUAAAAAUGCUCGCGAUACUUUGUCAGAAUUACGUUCAUUCUCUGGCGAAGAGAAUGAAAUCGAUGCAUUUGAUGUUCCUGAAACGGAGAAACCGGAGAACAUCGUAGAUAUUGAGGAAAAAUCUUUUGAUACGCAGACAGAGUCUACAAUUGGAGAAAAUGAUAAUAGAAAUCGGUGCAAAAAUGUUAAAAGUUAUAUCAAAGAAAAUCAAAAGCAAGAUUUAACAAAUAAUCCUGAAGAAGAGAAUGAUAUUAUUGACGAAGCAAAAGUUGAAGAAUCGAAAUUGGAUCGGUCGAAUGUUGCAAGUCCGGAAAAUUCUCAAGAAUCUAUUAGCGAGAUCAAGCAAUCGUUAGUACCCAAUUACGACGACAGCAGUGAUUCCAACGAUGGAAGCGACGAUGUUUUCGAAUCCGUUGAAACAGAAUCAAUCGAAACUAAAAAUAAGAACUUUGGUAAUUUAGAAGAAACUGUGGAUAGUAAAGAGCCAAUCGAAAGAGAUAGUCUUGAAGAACCAACUACAAGGAAAGAGGAAACGUUGCCCAAUAAAGUACAAAAUCCGAUCUUUGAUUAUCAACAAUCGGAUUCAUCGAUAGAAAAAAAUAAUAUUAGAAAAGUGACGAAUGAAGAAGCUGAACGUAAACAAAAUCAAUUUAGUAACAAGGAAGAAACGGCUGGCGAAGAACAUAAUUGUACUAUUGUUCAACGUGAUUUAAACGUUAAAUGCGGCGGCAUGAUAAUAUCGGUAAACGAAAGCAAAAUUAUUAAUAAUUCAGAUGAUAAUAAUACUGUCACGGAUUUGACGGUUCCUUCUGAAACUGAUCCUGAAAAUCUAUAUAAUAAUCCAUUAAACAAAGAAUGUAUGAACUCUGCGUUAAGCAAAACAAACAAUUUAAUAGACGCCAUGAAAAUUGAAGAGGAAAAGAAAUGGUCGGUUUCGAUUGCAGAGAAAGUGGAAAAUUUGGUUUCUGAACAAAGAGGGUGUGAUUCUAAACCGUUGCAUAAAAUUGGAAUCCUUCUACAAACUAAAGACGGCAUUGAACCCAACGAUGUUAGCAAUCAAAUAGCUAAUGCAAAUUUCAAAGAACAACGUUCAAAGCUUCUCGCGGAAGAAAAAUUUGUGGCAACUUUGGAUAAUGAUGUUAAAUUUAUUAAACCUGAAGAAAUAAAACAUGUCGCGGAGGGGCAUUCGAAUGUGGAAUCGUAUAAGAAAUUAAAAGAACUUUCCGAAUUUAACGAGAAACAAAAUAAAUUCGACAUGAAUACGCACGAAGAAACUCAUAAAAAUAAAGAAUUACCAGAACGCGUCGAUGCGUCCGUUCGCUCGAUAACCAUGUUACCGCUGAAAUUUGACAAUAUAUCCUCGGGUAUAAAUAAAUCGGAAAUAUAUAAGAAUAAUAUUUCAACUAUGUCGGGAGAUUUCAAGCCUAUGGAUAAUUUACAAUUUGUAAAUUUUAUGUCGGAGAAGUCAGAAAAUUUGAACACCGUAGAAAAUCAUGAAAAGCAUAACGAAUCGCAUCAUAUAUUGAAUAAAACCGUAGAACCUCUCCCUGAAAAUGUUCCGAGUGUAGUGAAUGACGGUAAAGUAAUAUUUAGCGCGCAAGAACUAGCAUCGGAAUCAUCAGCUGUUGGAAAAAACGAAACGAAAAAAGAAGCUAGUAAUAAGAGAUUAAGCGAAGUCUCUGAUAUUAAAGAUGUUCCUCCAUUAAAAUCCAGACCUCCGUGUAUAGAAUCUAAUGAUCAAUUAUUAGAAAAUUUUACAAGUUCCAAAGUGCAAUUGGAUAAAAAUUUGGAUAGUUUUAAAGGAACGGCGGAAGCGCCGGUUAGCGAAGCUGAAGUAAGCGAGGACGGGUUCUCCGAUACAGAUGUAACGGAAUUAACGAAAGACGAGUCAAAUACAUUUGCCAAAGUGGCGGAUAACGUAUUGAACAAAGUUCAAGGAAAAAACAAUGUUGAAAAUGUAUCGAAGGAAAAAGAAAACUCGGAAAUUCAAAGUAUCGAGAUAAAAGAAAUUUCUUUGUCGUCGGACGACUCGAUCGGAGCAAAUAACGAAACUCUGUUCAAUACUGCUUCCGAAGAAGUUGAUCCUUUGGCAUGUACCGAUGAGGAUACAUUAAAAAAGUUGGGCGAUGCCGAGCAGAGUGACGUAUCUGUACCUAAAAUAGGCUUACGAGUUAAACCUGUAUCCGAGCUUAUUUACGAAGGAUGGAAAUUGGAUUCUACAGAGUCUCCAAAAGUAUCGCGUAAACGGCGUAACAGUUCUCACGAGUCCAACUCGGAAGAUGUCGGAAUAAAACAGGAGGACGCAGAUAUGAUGGGAGGUAAAAGAAUAAAGUUACGCGGGAAACGUAUCACUGAUAAACAAUUACGGAAGUCUGUAGAGGAAAGUCGCGUGGUGACGAUAAGCUCGGAGGACGAGGCUGUGAAAUGUAGUACCGCGAAAUUCGAACGAGAGGAACUUAAGGAUGCUAGCGAUGACCAAAGCACUGCUCAUUCGAUCGUAUUUGAAAGAAAAACAAGGGGGCGUCCCAGAGGAAGACGAAGGCGUGGCUACAGAGGAAAUGCACGUUCGACUCGAACGAAACAUCUUCAAUAUCAGAGUAAUCAAGUUCCCGAUGAAGUAUCGCCCGAGAUUCAUCUUGAUAGGACACCACCUGAUAACGAUGUCAAUUUGAAUAUGACACCGAUUUCGCAAAAAAAACGAAAGAAAAGAAAAAUGGUUUUGGGCCUCGAAGUAGGAAGAGAUAUUGCCGAAGUACAUUCGGGAGCAGCACCGGACGAAACCCCUGUUAGACAGUCUCGAAGAAUAGCGCAAUUAAAGAUCAAGGAAGAAGCUGAUAAACGAAGAAUCGAAGAAGAAACUUGUUUGAGCGAGCGGAAAGACAAGAAAGAUUCCGCGGACUUGAAAAAGAAACGCAAGAAACAAAAAAUGGAAAGCGAAGAGGAGAUCAUAAUAAAAGAAGUAGAAAAGGAGAAAAAGUCUAAAAGGAAACGUCGAAAGAGGAAAAAGAAGAAGAUGUUGGCUAAAUUUAACGAAGCACAUCCGUGGCAGAGUUCCUCAGGUUCUAGUAGCGACGAAGAUAAUGAAAAUGACGAAGAAGAAGACGAAGAAGAGGAAAUGGAGAGCGAAGGAUCUCUACUUUUUAAGAGCGAUCAUGAGUUCUCGCCAGAAAGUGAUCUUGAAAAAGAUCAGGAAUCUGAACCACUAAGGAGAGCCAGAACUGCUCAGAAAGCUCAAAGCGAUGUCGAAGAAGCGGACGAUGAAUAUGCUUGUCAAAAAUGUAGCAAAGCAGAUCAUCCAGAAUGGAUACUUCUAUGUGAUUCUUGCGAUAAAGGCUGGCACUGCUCUUGCCUUAGACCCGCGCUGAUGCUCAUACCCGAAGGUGAUUGGUUUUGUCCUCCGUGUCAACAUAAUUUACUUGUGACUAAAUUACGAGAAAGUUUGAGAACGUACGAUCAGUUGGCGAAAAGGCAUGAAAAUGAGGUUUUAAGGAAAAAAAGAUUAGCGUUCGUCGGUAUAAGUCUAGAUAAUGUUCUUCACAAAAACGAGUCACAACGUCAGAAAGGAUCCAAGGCGUCUAGUCAAGAAUCUGAUAACGAAUCUUCGUCUGCGUCUUCUUCUUCGAGUUCGGAAACGUCCAGCAGCGAUGAGAGUGAACCUGUGUACCAGUUACGUGAAAGGCGAUCUGCUAAUAGAUACAAAUUUAAUGAUUACGACGCAAUGAUUAAUGCUGCUAUUCAAGACGAAGUAGAAGCCGUUCAGGGAGCUGGGAAUCAAGGAAGAGGAAAAGACAUUGCAACUAUAGUUAACGCGAAAAAAGAAGAAGCUGAGCUUCAUUUUAAAAAUGAGAUAUUAAGCGGCGAAGAGAUGAUGCAAGAGAACAAAGAUAAUAUCGAGAAGAAAUCGGAAAGGGACAGUGACGAAGACUACAAAAUUGAGGGAGAGGAUGUUAUCGACGCGGAGGAAGAAGAUCAUAAACGAGUAGUAAAAAAAUUCUUGUCGCGUAAGAAACACCGUAAAUUAAAUAGUCUUGAUAUAAGCAGCGAGGAUGAUCCAGAAAGCGACGAAGACUUUAAAGGCACAAGUUCAGAAGAGGAGGAAGAUUUUGACGAUCAUUUGACAUCUUCCGAUGAAAGCACUUUUGCUGAUACAAAACGACGUGGUAAAAAAGGAGAUUCACGAUCGGUACGAAGAAGUACCAGAGCUCGAACUAUGCGUUACGAGGAAGACUUUAUCGAUGAUGAUAGCGAAGAAAGUGAUAGGCCAAAAAGGAAAAAAUCUCGAUCUACAUGGGAUUCGGAUAACGAAGACAGUGAUAAUUCAUGGCGACAAAGAAAGAAAAAAAGCAAAACUAUACCGAUGUCUAGGUAUAAAACAUUACCAAAAACUAAAAGCAGAAAGAAAAAAAAGAGAAAACGUAUCAUCGAGUCAGAUAAUCAAAGCGAAAACGAUGAAUCGAAUGACGGAUCAAGAAUCGAAGGACAAUGUGAAACGCAGCCAGAAUUAGAGGACAAGGAACCCGUGAUGGGUCAAGUAUUGGAUGUCAAACUUGAGAAUAGAAAUGAAGAUAACGAGAACAUGACCAUUAACGAGAUGAAAGAUUUAAAAUUGGAUGAAACGAAAACAGAAAUACCUAACAUAUCUGCCGCUGUGGAAGUAGGGCAGCAGAAAAAAAAGAAAGAAAGUACAGUGAAACCAAAGAAGACCACAACCAUUCGAAGAAAAAUUAUUUACGGUGGCCUUCCAGACGAAAACAAACCAGAAGAAGAGGAAAUAUUAAGUAGACGAACUCGCGGUAGAAAAAUAAAUUAUCAAGAAGAAAUCGCGACGGAUAGCGAAGAGGAAUUAAAAAAGGCAUUGCGAAGAACCGGUGAAAGCGAGGAUGAGUUUAUUGUGAACGAAGGCGAAGAUGUAAAUGCGGAUAUUGACAAAGGUUCAGAUUCAGGUGACAUUUACAAUCCGAAAAAGGAUGGUCACAAAUUAAAAAAUAAAUCGCCAAAAAGUAGGAAAUCGAGGAAAAGCAAAAGUCCCGGAGCUAAACGAAAAAUGGUAAGCGAUGGAACACCAAAACAGAGAAAAAAACCUGGUCCAAAACCCGGUAGUAAGAAUAAAGCACGAAAGCAAAACUUUUUGGUUGGUUCUCUAAUUCAUAAAAAAGAUGACCAAGAAGGGGAAAAGGAUAUCAUGGCUAACGUCAUUGACAAUCCUAUAGGAGAGAUAGAUUCAAAAAUUGAUGACAAUCUUUCAGAAAACGUAGGAUUGACUGGUACGACCAUGUCGGCAGCAGGUUCAUUUACCGGGGAUGUUCCAGAUGGUUCCCUAACAGGACUCGGGCCCGGUGAAUUAGCCGACUUGGAUGACGAACAGUUAGAACAGAUGAUGAUGGAAGACGAAGAAUAUGGUAGACGACAAUUAGAGCUCGCAGCUAUUGAAAUAGCGAAAAAGAAGAAGAAAGAAGAACGAGAAGCUAAAAAGUUGGAGAAGGCGCGAUUAAAGGCGUUAGAAAUAUUGGCGGCUGAAAGGCAACGUGACCCUAAUGCACCGGAAGGAAUCGAUGGAGAGGUACCAAAGAAAAAAAAAAGGGGUCGUCGGAGUAAAGCUGAAAUUCUUGCAGAACAAAUGCGCAGAGACGGGGCUCCAAGCCUGAACACCACUACGCUACCUGUCAAUGUGCCGCAGAACGUACCGAGUAAUAUAUCGCCUACUAUUACUCCUAAUAUAUCUACCAUCAUGACGCCCGAGGCGGAAAGAUCGAGCGAAGGACACAUCCCCAUGAUGACAGGACCGGAUGGGCAACUUUUCAGUCCUGACUGUUCAUCGAUGAAACCGAAACGAAGAGGACGCGGCAAAGGUAAAAAAACUCUUGCGCUGGAGGCAGCUAGAGCCGCGGAAGCGGCGGCGAAGUCAGUCGCCGAUAUUAGUUUAAUCGGUAUGGGCACCGACUCGAAUCCGGAGAUGAAACCUGGUGAUAUACCUAACGUACUUCCUACACCAGGUAGUAGUACCUCUGGAUCGGCUCCGUCCACACCACCUGCCGGUAUCGUUACGACGCAAGGACCACCAUCUUCGCAGACACCGACUUCGCAGGCCGUUUACCCAACGUUACCACCCAACAAUCAACAACAGUCUUCCGUUAUUACCAGAAUGCUUCAAUCUCAGCCCGUAUCAAGUAGUCCGCAAUCGUUCUCCGCUGCGGCCGCGGCGAUGGGGCACAAAUACUUUGGAGGACCGAACACAACAGGUCCGAUAAUAGGUGGACCUAGAACGGGUUACGAAAUGCAACCGCGCGGCAGGAUUCCUUCGCCGUACAGACAAGCGGGUCAAUCAUCCAUGCCGCCUCACUUUGCAGCUGUGAGAUCAGGAACUCCGCCCAUGCGAAUGCGAGUAUCUGGUCCGCAACUCUAUCAUACGUCUCAUCAUCCGAUGGAUCCGUCACCGUCGGGCGGAGGACCGAUAUCGAUUAACAAUCGAGAUCGUAGUUCUCCACUCGGGCCCGGACCCGCAAUGAUUCCACCAGCUGCCGGAAGUCCUCUGGCCAAAGGUGGUCCCACGCCUCCUCCGCCUCCUCCUUAUGUCAGGGGGCCUCCCCCUUUGUCCAGGUUCACAGACAAUCCAAUGGGUCCCAGGCAUCAAAUGCCACCAUUCACAAACGCUUCUCCGGUUAACCAUAGUAUGCAACAACCCUCGCCACCUCCUAAUCGACCGCCUGGCAAUUUCUCCCCGUAUCAUCCGCCUCCACCGCCAAACUAUCACUACGGUGCCUAUCCACCUCCUCCGCCGAUGUCCACGGCAGACGAUGCAGCCGCGUACCAAGGCUCUCCGUAUCCCGCGGAUCAUUUUUCGUCUCCUGCGGACAAUCAACCGCCCAUUCAACCGCCACCACCUCCCCAGCCUCCGCCGCCUCAACAGCAAGCGCAUCCAAACGAUGCCGGCGCUGAAAGUAAACAAUACGACGAGGAAGGUUCCGGAGAAUUCGGUGGUUUGGUAUCAUACUUUAGUAGCCAGAGAGAGGACGAUCUUGAUUCGUAGCAUGAAUGAGAUCUUGGCCAACCCUGAAUCGUUAGGUAGGAUGUGCUGAAUUACGAAGGCGUAUUUUAACGGCCCAGGUAAGAUCGCAACGUUUGCUCGAGAGGAACGAGUACAAGAGAAACAUAAAAGAAGUUUAGUUACGUGUAAUGUAACCGUAAAUUU